AUGAACUCUGGUGUCGGCGACGCUACACUAUGCCGGCUGAUCAUUCGUUUCAUUCCGUAUACUGAGAUCGACUUUGAAACAUACAUGAUACAAACCGAUCUCUACCUGGCUGGUGAACGUGACUAUUCGCAAAUAACAGGCCCCACUGGUCCAUUAGUGUACCCGGCUGGUCAUGUACAUAUCCAUCAUCUACUGCAUAACCUCACCCAAGGCGGCUCUCUUAAAUAUCUACCAAAAGUACAAGAGCUUUAUGCCGGGCUAUACUUGCUCACCAUGGCUCUUACAUUUCUCGUCUACCGGCGCGCAGGAAUUCCACAAUACGUCCUACUUCUACUCCCCCUUAGCAAACGGCUCCACUCCAUCUACGUCCUUCGACUAUUCAACGACUGCUGGUCCACACCUCUUUCCAUGGGUGCCAUUCACGCCUUUCAAAAACGAUACUGGGCGAUCGGUUGCAUACUCUUCGGCCUUGCCAUCAGCAUCAAAAUGAACGUCUUGCUAUAUAUGCCUGCGGCCUGCCUGGUUCUACUGCUUACCAACGGCCUCAUCCCUUCGCUCUUGUACCUCUCCCUAACGUUCCUCGCAGUCUUGAUACCCUCUCUCCCCUUUCUCGAAACAUACCCUAUGGAAUACCUCGUCAACGCAUUCGACCUGAGUCGACAAUUCCUCUACAAAUGGACCGUCAACUGGCGGUUCGUCCCAGAACACACAUUCCUAAGCGCACCUUUUGCCAAAGGACUCCUACUCUGCCACAUUAUUCUACUCGGAACAUUCGGGUUCGGCGCAUGGUGCAAGAAACAAGGUGGCGCAUGGUCCGUUCUCGAACGAGCUCUGCAAAAUCCGGCAAGGGAGACCGCGAUAGCGAGCGUUUCUCAAGAUUACAUCGCGACAGUCUUUUUCACUGCUAAUCUUAUUGGAAUUCUUUGUGCCCGAUCUUUACACUAUCAGUUCUACUCUUGGUACGCCACCCAAUUGCCCCUUCUCGCAUGGCGAACCAAAUACCCUAUCGCGCUUCGAAUCAUGAUUUUAGGCAUAAUCGAAUACGCAUGGAACACUUAUCCCUCGACUGAUCUUUCCUCUGGACUGUUAUUGGCCGCACACGUUUUACUUCUCAUCGGAGUCUUGUUUGGGUAUCCAGAAGGGACGAAUACGUCAAUUGUUAGGUGGGAUGACGAGAUCGAGGUGGAGAAGUUCGAUUAG